CAACUGCGGUGAUAUCGACCAAUCAGAAAAAAAGGUUUCAAAUUUAAAGCCAACGUCCGUUACCGAGAGGACAGUCUGUUGCUAUCAGAAAAGACGUUGCUGAAUAUUUAGUAGUAAUGCAAAGCACAGCGAACAUUCCGGAAAGUCUGAAAUUGUUUUCAUCGUUAAUUGUUUUUUGUUAAUGUUAUUAAUUAGUAUUAUGGCACGGUUAGUUUGUGGCAAAACUCAUAAAAAUUAAUUGUAGAAUUAUUUUUCUAUUAAAUAAUAUUUAUUUGACUGUUAUUUCUAUUGACAACAACUGUUGAUUCACCUCGACGCUUUUACAAGUUAAAACGACAUUAUAAAUUUAUUAGAAUGAGUAACAUACCAAAAUCCAGCCGGUAUGAAACGAGUGCCCCCCAAUGGGUCGACUUUGAGGCAAUGACACCAAAUGCAGCUCCAGAUGAUGGAUACUUUGACCAUUUUCAUUAUGAACUGGAAUCAACACCUUAUUUACGUCAGAUGCAACCAUUAACUCCUGAUGAUCCAGCAAAGAAAGCUGAUAGGCUUCAAAAAGUCAAAGCCUCGUCAUUAUUUACCAGCAUCAAUGAGCCUUCAGUAGAGUCAAGUUUUAUUGAUGACCUUAAUGAAAUGUACAUUUCACCAAUAAAAUUAACCUCGCCAAGUCCGAAAAAACAAGAACCGCAAGUACUAAAGGAAUUGUCAGUUGAUGAAGUACUCAACGAUGUUGUCAAAGAUUUAGAAAUAACGUCAAUUACUAAAAAACGUCGAACUCCGAAGCUGAAUAAAACAGCGUGCGAAAGUACUACCACAACGCCUAACCCACGUCAACUUCGUAUCUCAAGAUCCAUAAAUUUCAAUGCUAUGCAGAAACAAACAUCUGUUAUUGGUAAUCAAAGCGAAGAACUAAAAAUUAUUCCCAAGUAUUCUGAAGCAAUUCCAAUUGAUGGUGAGACUGGAAAUAAAGCCAUUCAAUCUCUUCAUAUUAAUGAAGAAUACAAGGAAAAUAUAAAUGUUAAAGUACCUAAAAUUAUAGUUGAGCAUAUUAAAACUCCUGGGAAAAAUGUUAUUACAUCUCACUAUCGCACUCCGUCAGGUCGAACCGCUAUUAAAAUAACAACAACUCCUUGUCGUAUGAAUUUACAGAAUACAGAAACUCCAAUUAGAUAUUCUGAAGCCGAAGAUACUUACGGGAUAAAUGAACAAGAUGAUACAAUGAUCGCUGAAGAAGAAGAUGAAGAAGAAGAAGGAGAAGAAGAUAAUGAUGAUGUUGUUGAAAUUAUUGAACGUCAGAAAUCAAAGAGCUCUGAAAAACACGAGGAGCAGAAGAAACUUUCAUCUGAUAAGAAUAUUACAAUAAGCUCAGACGAUAAUUAUAGAUCGACCGGAAAACGUAAGUUACGUUUAUCCAAGUCACUUCAUCAUCCUUCUCCGUCAGUUUUUCGUCCUCCUCCAAAGAAAAAUAUUAUCACGCCUUGUUCUGUUAAACUGGAAAGACUACUGACACCGUUAAAGAAUAAAAAAUUAGACAAUCUUCACUUGUUUGAAGGUGGAAUAAAGGAUACAAUGGAUAUUGAUGAUGAUCUGCAGGCAGAAAUUGAGUCUGUUAGCCAAGUUCCAGUCAAGCAAGUUACAACACCUGCAACUGUAAACACAGAGGAUGAAAUUACGGAAAAACAGUCCCAAUCUUCAGAAGAUAUUGAUGUUAAUAAAUUAAGUACUGAUUUAAAUAACAAGAGUCCGGAAAAACUUUCAUCAGCAGCGACAGAAAACAGUAACAAUGUUAGCGUGAAUGAACUGGAUGAUGAUGUUUUUGAGCCACUGGAAGAUUUUCGUAAAAAAUUAAACUAUCAAGAUCAACAGCUUUUUAAAGUUCAUUACAACCGUCCUGCUAACCGUCAGUCGACUCAAGCUAAGCUAAAAGUUUUAACAGGAACUGCCCGAAGACGCAGUGAUCAGCAUCAGCUUUCCAAGGCUAAUACCAAGUAUGUAAGUCUGGCUGAGGGAGUAUCGACAUUCCAUCGUAGCACGCCGAUACGUUUCCAUACUGUCAGCACUAAGGUGGUAAAAGCCAAAGCUGGCCCGGUUCAAAAAGUCCAACAAGCUCCUAAACGAACUAUUCCGGUUUCACCUGCAUGGCACGGCAGAACUCGCACGAGAAGGCCUAUGCCAACUCAGUUCGAGCUAGAAAAAUUGAACCGUGAAAAAAAUAAAAUUCGAGCUAAGCCUGUACCCAAAGGGAUUCUCAAUGCUCCGAAGGCGUUGAAGGCUGUUCCAAAGAAACCCCCAACUGAACUAAAGCCUUUCCAAUUAACUGGAACUAGGCCAGUUACGACUAAGCCACGAAGUCAAUCAAAACCAGCUUCUGUUACUUGUAAAAGUGUUGCUUCAGUAAGUUCUUCGAGAGCAACUUCUUCAACGUCGUCAGCUUCUACAUCGACAGUGAAAGCUCCGCUGACUCGAUCGAAUUCACAAAUAAAUAGAUCUAUAUUAACAAUAAACAAUGAUGGUGCUCCUGAACAGCAACAAGUUUUACACUUUAGUAUUCCAGUAGCGGCUCAAAAACAGCACAAUAUUGUAGGGGCAAGGAAGACUAUUCCUCAACCGUUUAGUCUUGAAGCGCGUAAUCAAGAAUUUUUGAUGAAAAAGCAAAGGAAAUUAGAAAAAUUACGUGAAGAAGAAGAUAAAAAACUUAAAUCUCAGUUUCAUGCUCGACCUGUUCCUACUGUUGUCAAAAAACCUGUCAAGCAUGAAGCAAAAACAGAAAAAGUUAAAAAAGCUCCGGUACCGCUUAAAGUAAAGCCGUUCAGUUUUGAAAAUCGAGAUAAAAUGUUGGCUAAAAAGAAAGAAGAAAUGUGCAGAAAAGCCACUGAGGAAGCUCAAAAAAUAAAAGAAUUUCACGCAAAACCUGCACCAACAUUCAAGCCAGUUACUGUAAGGACAACUUCCAAAGAAAGUAUCAGAAGUGAAUCACGUGGAGGUCUUGAAGGUAAACCAAGAACUGCAAUGCGUACGGUAUCGGUUGAUCGUUUGGAACGUGGGAAUUCAAGCGAUAAGCUGCGGAAAGGAUUGGGCACUCGUGGAUUGUCGGCACAAAAUUUAAGAUCGAGACAAGAUAGCUUCACAUCUUCUAACUUAGUGAGAAAGCCGAUUGGAUCUUCAAGUUCGUCAAUUAAAGAUGGGACUCGUCCAGAUCAACAAAGUAAUUCGUCGAAUGCUCCAUCUACUUCUGGGAUGCCAGUCAUGAAGCAACAGUUAACCGCCUUGCCGAUUCUACACAGCGAUCGUAGAGCUCAAGUACGACAAGAGUUUGAGGAAAAGUUGAAGAUGAAAACAGAGCGAGAAAACGCACUUCACAGAAUGGAACAGCAAGCCAAAUUAAUUAAAGAACAAGCUGAAAUAAAUGAAAUUCGGAAAAGAGCAGAAAUUAAAGCCAGACCGAUGCCUGUUUAUAAACCUCUCGUUAUUGUUAAGUCUGAGAAACCAUUAACCGAUCCGUCAAGUCCAGCUUGGACUCGUGCUAAACAUUAAUUUUUUAUUUACUGAUAUUUUACUUACUUAUUAUAGACUAGUGUAUAAUUGACUUUUUUUUUUUAAUUUUCAUGUUACUAUUACAAUUUUUUAUUGUUGGAAAUUUCGUGUCUGUUCUAGUUGAAUAAAAUAAAAAUACUUGAAAUUUAUUAUUUUUGUACUUUAAUCUUCAGAUUAUUUAUUAGAAUUUUUCGCAGAAUGGUAAAUUAAAUAAAAAUAAAUUUAAGAAUUUAAUAAUUAGUUAAUAAUAUCUUUUGAUUGUAUUUCUAUUCAACCAUUUUUAAAUAAAAAUUAUAAUUACAUUUAAA